UGUACUGACGGCUGCGACUAAUGGCUGAGCUGAGUGCGAGCGUGCUCAGCAGUGCUACUUCGUCUCCUUUAGGGUUUACGAGCAAGAACGAACAUGUCUCGACGGAUUUCAAGCUAGCUAGCUUCUCCCACAACUUAGCUUCUUAGCUAGCCACAGAAAUAUCGGAACUGGUUGGACCAAGAAUUUGUCAACAUACGAGUUUAGAAGUGGUAUUGUUUUACAAUUCACAACAAAACAGGGGACAUCACCUCAGCAAAUCGCAGAAGACUAAACAAUCACAUAGGCAAUGGAAUCUUGAUUAUCUAUCUGCAUUGCACAAUUUGAGAGAGCGUUACAAAAGUCUUACACGGACUCUUUUUAGCAAAGCUGCAGGGGCCAUGUACGUUAUGUCAUUCAGAAGAGUUCUUCUUCCAAGCAGCAUCGUAUUUGUAGGUGUCCAUGAGUGCAGCCACAAUUCCUCACACAAGAUCAACACAUCUGUCCUUUACUUUGACAUGAUUUUACUGCGUAGGAACCCAACUGUGCUUCUCCUUUUUCUGAGCGCCUGGCCCAUCUUCCACUCCCACCUUGUCGCUGACGCAGCUUCUACCUCACCUCCCAUCACUCGUCCACGGUUCACAUUUUUUACUGGUUUCACUAUAGAUUAUGACGAGGAUUAUGACCAGAAUGAUGACUAUGCCAGCAAACGUCCUCCAGAAAUACUCGCCACCACAAGGACACAGUUUCUUCAACGGGAACUGUGCAAGUUUAACCCUUGUUUGGAGAAUCAGGUGCCCUGUACCAAGCUGCUGGCAGAGACCGGAUGCCUCUGCCCUGGCAUCAGUGGAGCUGACCAGCCUCCUCAUGCACCGCGUUUACAUGCAUUGAUCCCAAUCCAUAACGGAGAUGACAGGGGGAAAGUUGAAGUCAAGUGGUGCGCUCCAACAUCUGUGGUGACCCAGUACAGAGUGGUGGUGGAAGGGCAAGAAGGUAAAGCUAUAGAGUUUGGAGAAGGUUUCCGACAAGGCUUGGUGGGGUCUUUGGAAGUUGGAACCAAGGUGUGCGUGGAGGCAGUUAACAAAGCAGGACACAGCAUGCCCACAGAGUUUUCCUGCACACGAUAUGAUCCUCCCUCAUCAUCAGACUAUGACGUGUUGGCAGGUAUUAUUGGAGGAGGGAUUCUCCUCUUGCUCCUCAUCUCAGCUGUGAUCUUUUGGACCUGUCAUAAGAAGAGAAAUGCAAAGAGAGACUCAGCUGAUGGACUCGGGAACCCGUCAUACAACACAGAAGGGACAUUAUAAUCCAGAAAAGACACUUUAGGGGAGGUACAUGUAGGAACUGGUCCAAGAGAGGAUUAUGUGUCAUAUCAGGAAAUGUGUAAAUACAGUAUAGAAGCUAAAUGUUUUGGUUUUUUUUAAUACCAUACAAUGUUACAUUGCAGGACUAGAACUACCUGUUUUUGCUGGCAAUUGACUUAAGUAGAUUUCUAGUGCAUUUUUUUAAAUAAAAUAUUAUUUUAGGUUAAUGAUGUGAAAAAAUUGGCAGUAAAAUAAUUGUGUGUGCAUGUGGGAAAAUAUAACUUAAGUUUUGUUUUAUUAUGAUAGUAAAGUUUUCUUUCCUUGGCUUUGGUUUUCUUGGGUGUGACAUCCAACCAGAUGGAUAAAAGAAUGAAACAGAUCAACGUUUUUGGCACAGAACAUCAAACAUUGUCCACCUUCGUGUUGUUUUUCUUAAGACUGAUUGAAGCGUCUGAAGUCGUGAAGCUUUCCUAUGACCAAUCUGAUAAACUACCUUGUAAAAAACGCUCUCUUUAUAAACCAUUUUAAGAUUACUAUCAUAUUUUGUAACUGUGGUAUUAAUUUUUAUUCACGGAAUAAAGGACGUUUGAUAUUAUUGGUCGAGAGCAGUAUAAGUCCCGCCUUCUCUCGGAAUUUAGAUCAAUGAUUUGUCACAAAACAGCACCAGAAAGACAGUGCAGUUUAUUCGCCAUUCAUUGAGGAGUUUACGAGACAUUUUGGAAAAGACGGAAGCACAUUCAGGAGGAAGUGGACAAGGGACGUAUUCCUGGAUCUCUUCAUAUCCCAG